AAUUUAUUCAGUAAAUCGUUGAUGACGGUAUUGAUCAUUUUGUUGCUGAGUAGGCAAGGUUUUUGAUGAUUACAAAUGUCUGAAUGUUAAAGUAGUCGUAACAAAUCAAAAUAUUUUAUAUAUUUAUAAUCUUCGGCCAAUUGGAAUACAAACACGGACGUGCUAUUGUGUGUUAUAUUUUAUAUGUCUGGAAAUACGAGGGAACACUAGGAUUAUAAAAACGAAUUCUUAGAAAACAGUGCAAUAUCUCAAGCAAGAAAUUAAAUGCAAACAUGUCUCUUUUUGCACGUGGACGCGAGACUAAAAAGAGAAACAGUGUGGUGAUAACGGUCCCUCCGCUGGUAAAGAAAUCGAGCAAGAGCCGUUCCUUUCAUUUCCGUUAUUUAGAGCUGUGCCGUGCCAAGAACUUGACACCGGUGCCAGACAUACGCUCCAAUCCGAAUGCAACCACAUUUCUCGAUUUGCUGGGUGAUAAGCUGGGCGUCAGCGAAUGGCUACUGAUUAUCGAGGCACUGCACUAUGAUCUAGUGCUACAGACAUUGGCAAUACGCAUGCGCCGCACCAAUGGAAACAAUAUUGUUUUACCAAUUGACACUGAAAACCGUGCACGGCUCUUCCGUCAAAAGCCGGUCAUAUAUACGCGUUUCAUUUUUAACAGUCUAGUCGAUGCGAUCUCCAAUUGUGUAAAGCUCAACAAGAAUCUCACCGUGUUGAAACUUGAGGGUCUGCCGCUGCAGGAUGGCUACAUUGAGUGCAUUGCCAAGGCUUUAGCCUCCAAUGACUGCCUCAAGGAGGUCAGCUUCCAGAAAUCUUACAUUGGCGACAAGGGCUGUGAGGCGAUUUGCAGCACCGUCAAGUACUUGAAUCACGUGGAGAUAUUCAACAUCUCCGAGUGCAAUAUUAGCUCAAAGGGCGCCGACUAUGUUGCUGAUAUGAUUAAGAUGCAAAAGAUAACGCGGUACUCCGAGGGCUGGGAGAAGUCGCUGCGAUAUCGCAGCGUCGAUGUUGAUUCGAUCGCGGGUCUACGCUACAUUGCGGUGGCCAACAAUCCGGACUUGGGCGACAAUGGAGUGCGGCCAAUAGCCGAGGUGCUCAAGGAGGAUGCCUGGGUCAAGACCGUCGAUAUGGAGAACUGCGGCCUGACCGACUGUGGUGCGAACAUAAUCCUCGAGUGCCUCAGUCUGAACAGCGCCAUCACCGAGUUCAAUGUGCGCCACAAUCCUGGCAUUAGCAAGUUCCUCAUGCGCCAGAUACGCGAUCAUUUUGGCAAGGAGGACGAGGAGAAGAUGAACGAGCCGAAGUACGACCUGAGCUGCAUCAAUGGCCUGCAGAGCCUGCCGAAGACCCAGAAGUACAGCAUCUCCCAGCUGCUCGCGCACACCAAGACGCUGGAGGAGCAGUUGUCCUUGGAGCGCACGUUGCGCAAGAAGGCCGAGAAGCUCAAUGAGAAGCUCAACCAUCAGCUGAUGUCCAUGGGCCAGGGCGCAUCGGCUCCGUUGAUUCCACCACCGCCGUUGCCGGAGAAGGUGGUCGAGGCCACAGCUCUGCCCAAGGGCUAUGUGCUAGUGAAGAACGACUACAUGCAGUCCUUCAACAAAACUCCUCGUCUGCUCAGCAGCUAUAAGAAUGGGCCCCAACUGGUCACUCCCUCCGGGCCGCUGGUCAAUAGCGCUGUCACCAGUUCGGACUCCACGCCACGCAGCGCCAACGCAACUCUACGGAAGCAACAGAAGCAGCAGCAGCAACAGCAACAACAACAGCUCCAACACCAUCUGGAGUUGUCGCCCGAGGAUCUGGAGGUGGACGUGGAGGAUGAAGAGGAGGACGAAGACGAUGAAGAGCAGCAGCAGGCAUAUCAAGCCAUGGCCGAUAAUCCACAGUUGCGUCAGCAGCUGCAGGUGCGCAAGGUGCGCAGCGAGAUGAAGUAUGUGGAGGCAUGUGCCAAGGAAGCCAAGAAACGUGAAUCCAAAUCGGAUCACGAGUUUGCCAACGAGCGUGAUUUCAAGCUCAAUCCGAAUGUCCAGUUCGAGGUGGACAUUGGCGACAGCUGUCUGGUCAAUGAGCAGCAAAUGGAGCGCGAGCGCUACGAGAGCCGUGAGGAGAUCGAGUACUAUGAGCACCAGGAGAUGAUGCAGAAGCAGCACAGCAACUCCCACUAUGAGCCCGAGUACAUUGGGGAUGGUGUGCGCAACGAUAGCCACAAGAAUAGUGCCAAGAUCAAGAAACAGUACGGCGAGAUAGGCAACAGUCAGAUGGCCUUGUACAUGGCUGAGCUGGAGCGCAAGAUUAAUGGUAAGUCGGCCAAGAAGCGUCACAAAUCGAAGCAAUCAAUGGAUUCGCCGCACGGACGCGAGGUGAAGAACAGCGACUAUGUGCAUGUGGAGACCUUUAUGGCCAAUAUGGAGCAGUCUUCGCAGGACUCGCCAAAUAACGACUCUGACUCCGAGGGCGAGAAGACGGAGAGCACCACCCGUGCCCAGUCGGAUGGCAAUGGCAACGACAGUGGCAGCGGCAUGUCAGGCAUGAAAGUAUUCGUACGCCGCACUUCCCACUACGAGGAGGAGCAGGAGGAGAUCAUUCAAGUUAAGGAUGCUGGCGAUCAGAUUGUCUCGCCGCGCACCGUCUACUUGGAGCUACAGAGAAAAAAGUCAGAGAAAAAUCAUUGAAUACUAAGCCGGAGGCCGCCACAACACACAACACAACACAACACCUAAAAACUGGAAGUAUUUGUAGUAGUCCAAACAGCUCGAAAUGAUAAAGGAAGAAAUCAAGCGCCCCACCACAAAGAUAACAUUCAGAGCGUAGGACCAAAUUUUCAGUUACCAUUGAGAUCCAUUCUAACGCUUGAAGAUAUUGAUUUUGCACGUAUUGUUGCGAUUAUUAUGUACAUAUAUAGAUAUAUGUAUAUAUAUA